ACAUGAGAACUACCACUUCAUCAUUCAAACAAUUGCUCAAUGCUGCCGAAACCAUUGGUCAUCUCAAACAAACCCAAGCUCUGUUUCUCAAACUCCUCACUCACCAACCACCCCAUUACUACCAAUACUUCUUGGGUAGUCUGCUACUCCGGGUUCUCCACUUUUCCGGUGAAAAAUCCAAUCUUUUCUAUGCCCACCAACUGUUUGACACAAUGCCAAAGUGCCCCAAUGGCUUUCUCUGGACCUCCCUUAUUCGUGCGUUCCUAUUCCAUCAUACCCAUUUGCGCCAUUGCAUUUCUACCUACGCUAGAAUGCACCAAAAUGGGGUUUUGCCAUCUGGGUUCACCUUCCCCACAGUUCUCACUGCGUGCGGGCGAGUCCCUGCCAUGUCUGAAGGAAAACAAGUGCAUGCAAGGGUUGUGCAGUCAGGUUUUCUUGGAAACAAGUUUGUGCAAACUGCACUCCUGGACAUGUACUCGAAAUUCGGCUGUGUUUGUGAUGCACGCCACGUGUUUGAUGGAAUGAAUGAUAGAGAUGUUGUUGCCUGGACGGCGAUGAUUUGUGGGUAUUCCAAGGUGGGAAUGAUGGUUGAUGCACGGUGGCUCUUUGAUAACAUGGGGGAACGGAAUUCUUUUACUUGGACUACUAUGGUUGCUGGAUAUGCAAAUUGUGGUGAUAUGAAAGCUGCCAAGGAAUUGUAUGAUGUCAUGAAUGACACGGAUGAGGUUACAUGGAUUUCAAUGAUAGCUGGUUAUGGAAAGUUGGGUAACGUGAGUGAAGCCAGAAGAGUAUUUGAUGGGAUACCAGUGCCACAGAAUGCAUCAACUUGUGCAGCAAUGCUGGCUUGUUAUGCCCAAAAUGGAUAUGCAAAGGAAGCUAUUGACAUGUAUAAUAAAAUGAGACAAGCAAAGACUAAAAUCACAGAGUUCGCAAUGGUGGGUGCUAUGUCAGCUUGUGCACAACUUCGGGAUAUUAAUAUGUCAAACACAUUAACAGACCAUCUCGAGGAGGGUUGCUGUGAUAGGACGCAUAUUGUUUCCAAUGCAUUGAUCCACAUGCACUCAAAAUGUGGAAAUAUAAACUUAGCAUGGAGGGAAUUCGGUACACUUAGAUACAGAGAUGUAUAUAAUUACAGUGCAAUGAUCACAGCCUUUGCGGAGCACGGGAAAUCACAAGAUGCUAUAGAUCUUUUCAUAAAGAUGCAAAAGGAAGGAUUAAAGCCAAACCAAGUUACAUUUGUAGGUGUACUCAAUGCAUGUAGCUCUUCAGGUCUUAUUGAAGAAGGUUGUAGGUUUUUCCAGAUUAUGACUGAGGUAUUCGGUAUUGAGCCCUUACCUGAGCACUAUGCUUGCAUAGUUGAUCUCCUUGGGAGGGCUGGGCAACUGGAAAGGGCAUACAGUUUCUUAAAGGAGAAUGCAACUAGUGCUGAUGCAACAACUUGGGGUUCUUUAUUAGCAGCUUGCAGGGUUUAUGGUGAUGUGGAAUUGGGUGAGACUGCAGCCAGACAUCUCUUUGAGAUUGACCCUGAGGAUUCUGGAACUUAUGUGCUUCUAGCAAACACUUAUGCAUUGAAGGAUAAAUGGGAGUGUGUAGAAGAAGUUAAGAAGUUGAUGAUCAGAAAGGGAAUGAAAAAACCUUCAGGGUAUAGUUGGAUACAAAGAGAGAUCAGGGGACCGUAUAAAGAAGCCGCACUUUGA